AAUUCGAAGAUGGACAAAGAAGCAAAUAGACUACGCAAACGAUGCAGAUUGACCAACAGGAAUAUGGUUGAUGCCCCUUCACUGGAAGACAUCAUCGCCACCCAACUAACAGAAGAACUGAUGGACAAGUUCAAGGUCAAUAAGGAGAAACGAGAAAAGCUACGACAAUUUCAAUCAGAUUACACGAAGAAAAAGAAGCUGAAGGAGUUUGAUACUCGUCUCGUUCCUCUGUACCCUGAAGUUCCGCGGAUGAACGAAUCCCACAAGAAAAUUCGGGGGUUCGCCGAUUUAUGUCCAUCCACAGAGAUGUCUUCAUUUCAAGAAAUCGCGAUUAGAAGACGGAUUUGUGUUCCUAGCUUGGAAAGCAAAUAUAAGAAUAUAGUUGAUAAUAUUGUUGUGGAAGCUCGAAAUGAAUUCGUGAUGAUAACACAUGCUGCUGGGGUCAACUUGAAGACAAAACCUAUCGACCAUACCACCAGUCGCUGCAGACCUGAACCCUACAAAUAUAUGGGCAAAACUGACCAUUACCGCGUAUUUUUAUGGGCUCGCAGAGAAUUGCAAGCUAAAUACAUGCUACAACAACCACUCGUCCAGAAAGUGUUCAAAGAAUGUUGUGCCCUACCAGACACGUUAUUCUAUCUCGGUGCCCUCAGGAGUAAGCCCUAUGAUUUGAAAGAGCUGGAUGAUGUUUUCACCCACUUCAUCAAUGAUGCCCAAAACUUGCUCAAGAAAUCUUACUAUAGAGUUGCUGAACUAGUAGAAGAAGAUGAUACUAAAAUGACUUCAUCAGCUUAUGAACGUCUGCUCAGAGUGUGUACGGGGCUUUUUUCUGUUAGCAUGAGUAAAGCUAUUCAAGAAACUAUAAAACAUAUAUCCAAUGUUACAGGCUCUAAAAAUUUAGUGCCAUACCUGAAGCUAUCUCUGAAAUACAGUGAAAACUUAGCUCUGCAUCCCAGCGAGCAGGAUGUAAUUUUGAUAUAUUCUCUUCUGAUUACUAAGUUGGUGGACAUUGCACAAGCGUUCAACGUUUUCGAAAUGUCGAAAAUCAAAGAUUAUCCUCAAACUUCAAUUCAUGUGAAUGUAACUGAGGAGUUUUUAUCUGAGGCAUUGGAGACCAUUGGAACGAACAUAAUUGAAAUGUUCACACCUGUUUCAGAAUAUCUGGGUACUCUCAGUGAGGAUUUCAAAGAAAUGUACCAGACCUGUGGUACCCAGAACGAAUGUGAAAGACCUUUCGACGAAGGCUGUAGACAGAUCAAACAUUAUCAGAAUUAUAUCAAUAAAGCUAGUUCUAUGUUGAGCAGCGAAUAUUUUGCAAUUGGACAAUUAAUUUUGUCAGACUAUGUUAUUUCUAUGAAGGAAUCAUUGUCCGUUUACAUCGAGAAUAUUUUCAACGAACUAUGUGAUAUUCACAUCCAGGAAAAUUCAGAAAUCAUUGAUUGUUUCGAAGAGAUUAAAGCUGAAGCUUUAAGGAAACCUUCUACUAGUGAAGAUCUCAUCGAACAAGGAAAAUACAUGAUUUGGGUAAAAACUGAUCUUUUAAACGACAUUCGCCUAAGAAUUCAGCAAAUGCUGAAAGAUCUCACGCAACUGAUUGAGUAUGGUACAGUCAAGAAAGAGCACAUGGAACUGAAUUCAACUACUAUCAACUGGUUGCAAAACAUGGAACCCAUUUUAGAUAUCAAUUCUAGUAUGUACGAACAACUGAAGUUCGAAUAUGAAGAAAGAUUGCAGAAAACCAUCGCCAAUGUGAACCAAUCCAUUGUCAUAUUGGUUCCUCUUUUGGGUGUGUUGGAUGACAUGGAUGAUUUCGAAAGGUCAAGGGAAUAUGUCAACCAGAUCAAGGUCCACAUGGUGAAAUUGAGAAAAGUUCGUGCCAGUAUAACCUGGAUAAACGAGGAGCAACGAUGCCUUGGUUUCAAUGUAUCUCCAUUCAAAGAAGUUGGCGAAGUAGAAAACUAUGUGUAUCCUUUCUUCCACUUGCUCAAAGUUUGCUUGAAUAUUCAGAGGCAUAUGAAUGUAUGGCUGGAUGGUCAAUUUGAGUUUUUGGAUUUUGAAGAGACGGAAAAAAUAGUAGACGAUUACAUGAAGGAACUAUUGAAGAUCCAAAAAACAUAUCGUAUCAAGCUGAGACAAGCCCAAGCUGAAAACACCCGUCUUCGAUUCUUCGGAGUUGUAGAUGAUCCAGACUUGUUCAGUUGGCCGGCACCUCUGAAGUUGACAGCACUGGCAAUACAGGCACUGAAAGAUUUUCGGCCAGCAAUGACUUUGAUGAGGAUCAUGUGCAACGAUGCUCUGAUGAAGAGACACUGGAAAGACAUGUCGGACAUUGCUGGCUUCGACCUCACUCCUAAUGCAGGAACAACUCUGAGAAAGAUCACAAUGAUGGGCUUGGAACCUGAUUUGGAUAAGUACGAUGUCAUAAGCUCUGGAGCUACUAAAGAGCGUGAACUUUAUAAGAACCUGACGAAAAUGCAAGCAGAAUGGGUAGAUAUUCUAUUCAAAGUUAGUACUUUCAAAGAAACUGGUAUACCUAUCUUGACAGCACUAGAUGACAUUCAAGUAGUUCUUGAUGACCAUAUCCUGAAGGCGCUCACUAUGAGGGGUUCUAUUUUCGUCAAACCCUAUGAAACAGAAGUAAGAGCUUUUUAUGACAAAUUGGUGAGGAUAAACAAGACUAUAGAUGAAUGGGGAAAAGUGCAGAGUCAGUGGUUAUACCUGUUACCAAUUUUUUCCUCGAAAGAUAUCGUUGCACAGAUGCCUGAAGAAGGAAAUCUCUUCAAGGAGGUGAAUGAUACAUAUAAGAGGUAUAUGGAUGUGGUGACAAGAGAUCCAAGAGUUUUCGAAAUAGCUGGUGCAGUAGGGGUAUUAGAGACUAUGGAACACUGUAUCGAGCUGUUAGAUCAAAUCAAUGAUGGUGUCACCAGUUAUCUGGAAAAGAAGAGAUUGUUCUUCCCAAGAUUUUUUUUCCUCUCAAACGACGAAAUGUUGGAGAUACUUUCGGAAACUAAAGAUCCUCUCAGGGUACAACCUCAUUUGAAGAAAUGCUUCGAGGCUAUCGAUACCUUGAAUUUCAAUGAUAAAUUAGAGAUUCUGGCAAUGUAUAGUCAGGAAAAUGAGAAAGUAAACUUCAAAAGUUUGGUUAAUACAAAAGAAGCUGGUGGAAGUGUCGAAAAGUGGCUGGUACAAGUUGAAGACCAGAUGAUAAUAUCCGUUAGGGAUCAAAUCAUCAAGAGUUUCAAAAAUUACUUCAUGCUACCACGAACCCAAUGGGUACAGAGAUGGCCUGGUCAGGUGGUACUAUGCGUGUCGCAAAUGCAUUGGACACAUAAUGUACAUCUAGCUCUAUCUCGAGAAGAGAAUAUGACACUAGGGACAUUUUCAGCUUCCCUGAGAGAUCAACUCAACGAAAUUGUUACCCUGAUUCGAGAUCCAACUCUAACAAACUUGUCCAGAAUAACAAUCAAAGCUCUGAUUGUUAUUGACGUGCAUGCCAAGGAUGUUGUCGAGGAUUUGUUCCAGAAAAAUGUUGGCAGCGAUAAAGAGUUCAAAUGGCUGUCACAAAUGAGAUAUUAUUUGGAGGACGAUGAAGCUCUAGUUCGAUUAAUCAAUGCUACUGUCAAAUAUGCUUAUGAAUAUCUGGGCAACUCGGAUAGGCUGGUUAUAACUCCUCUAACCGACAGAUGCUAUAGAACCCUGAUAGGAGCGUACCACCUUCAUCUCAAUGGCGCUCCUGAAGGACCAGCCGGCACAGGAAAAACAGAAACCACCAAAGAUCUCGCGAAAGCCCUAGCAGUCCAAUGCGUAGUCUUCAACUGCUCAGACGGUCUCGACUACAAAGCCAUGGGCAAAUUCUUCAAAGGUCUCGCAUCUUGCGGAGCCUGGGUAUGCUUCGACGAAUUCAACAGGAUCGACAUUGAAGUGCUGUCUGUGGUGGCGCAACAGAUCCUCUCCAUUGUUCAGGCAGUCAGAGCCCACGCUGCCAAGUUCAAUUUCGAAGGAACCGAGAUAUCCUUGAACCCCACCUGCUACGUUUGCAUCACCAUGAAUCCUGGAUAUGCAGGGAGAUCGGAGCUGCCAGAUAAUUUGAAAGUGCUGUUCAGAACUGUGGCUAUGAUGGUGCCUGAUUAUGCGAUGAUCGGAGAGAUUUCAUUGUAUUCCUAUGGAUUUAAGGAUGCCAGGAAUUUGUCUGUGAAGAUCGUCACUGUGUAUAGGCUGUGCUCAGAGCAACUGUCAUCUCAAAACCACUACGAUUAUGGAAUGAGAGCUGUGAAAACCGUACUUUCUGCAGCAGGAAAUAAUAAGAGAAAAUUUCCUAACGAGAAUGAGGACAUUCUGCUGUUACGCGCCAUAUUGGACGUUAACCUUCCAAAAUUUCUCAACCACGACCUACCACUAUUCGACGGCAUCAUCAGUGAUCUAUUCCCCGGUAUUGUACUCCCAAAGGCCGACUAUGCCAGUAUAACAAAUGCCUUCAUCGCCGCUUGUGAGAAACGAAAGCUGCAGCCUAAGGAGACAUUCUUGACAAAAGUGAUACAAACUUACGAGAUGAUGAUCGUCAGACAUGGGUUCAUGUUGGUGGGAUAUCCGUUUGCAGGAAAGACUUCUACCCUCAAAGUAUUAGCUGAUGUACUGACUUUACUCAAUAAACAAGGUCUUGGCGAGCAAAAAGUGCAGUACCUGAUUCUGAACCCUAAAGCCAUAACCAUGGGCCAACUUUAUGGUCAAUUCGAUCCCAUCUCCUACGAAUGGUUCGAUGGGGUAGUAGCAACCGGCUUCAGAGAUUUCGCCACGAACCCCUCUCCAGAUAGGAAGUGGAUAAUAUUCGAUGGACCAGUGGACGCCGUGUGGAUAGAAAAUAUGAACAGCGUGCUGGACGAUAAUAAGAAGUUAUGUUUGAUGUCGGGAGAAGUAAUGUCUAUGACGAACUCGAUGUCGCUCAUCUUCGAAGUCAUGGACUUAGAACAAGCUUCACCAGCAACUGUUUCUAGGUGCGGAAUGGUAUACAUGGAACCAGCUACAUUAGGCUGGGAACCGUUUCUACAAUCCUGGAUUCCCACUUGCAACCCAAUUUGGUGUGGUGAGAGAAAAGAUUUCAUAAUCGAUUUGAUCAACUGGCUUGUACCACCGUGUUUGACUUUCAUGAGAAAGAAAUGCAUUCAGUAUUGCAACCCUGGUGAAAUCAGCUUAGUAAAAAACAUGAUGAACAUGGCUGAGAUGUAUUUGAACGAUGCAUUUGCGGCGAGUAGUAAAAAAGAAGAAGAAUUGAAAUAUACAGAUGUAUGGAUACAAGCAAGUUUCAUUCAAGCUGGAGUCUGGGGCAUAGCUUCUCUUGUUGAUAGCGAUUCAAGAGAGAGAUUCGACGAAUUUUACAAACAGCUAUGGCGAGGACAAAAUGAAGAAUAUCCAUUUCCUGAGUCCCUUGAGAAAUGUGAAGUCAGCAUUCCUACUGAAGGUCUCUUAUUCGAUUAUGCGUAUAAUUAUAAAAUGAAGGGAACCUGGAAAUAUUGGCCCGAAGUAGUGAGAGCUGAAAGAGUUGAUGAGUGUAAGAACAUAUUGCAAGCACUCAUUCCCACUGUAGAUACUGCCAGGUAUAUGUACUUAGUCGAUAUGCAUAUCAGAUACAAGAAACCCCUUCUGCUGAUGGGGCCAACAGGAACUGGUAAAAGUUUCUAUAUUCAAGAUAUAUUAUUAAAUCAACUGGACAAAGUAAGCUACGAACCAGCGUUCAUUACUUUCACUGUGAACAUCAGUGCUAAUCAGACUCAAGAUCUUGUUAUUUCUAAAUUGAACAAGAGAAAACGUGGGCAUUAUGGACCACCCAAAGGAAAAACGACUAUAUUGUUCAUCGAUGAUGUGAAUAUGCCUAUCAAGGAACAGUAUGGUGCACAGCCGCCUCUGGAAUUGUUGAGACAAUUUUUCGACCACAAAAAUUGGUAUGAUUUGAAAACUACAGAGGCCAUAUACCUCCACGAUGUUCUCUUUCUUGGAGCCAUGGGCAUAGUUGGUGGCAGCAGACAAGAAAUCUACCCACGUUUCCUCAGACACUUCAGCAUAUUUUCCAUAAACGAAUUCUCCACUGACAGCAUGGCGAAAAUCUAUAGCAAUAUCCUUCUUUUGGGGUGGAAGAAUAAUGGCUUCCCUUCAGAAAUCGUAGCUGUUGUCAACCAAACGGUCAAUGCGACUUUGGAUAUGUAUAAGUCGGCUAUGGAAAAUCUGAGACCGACUCCUUCCAAAAGUCAUUAUGUUUUCAACUUGAGAGAUUUCUCCAGGCUUAUUCAAGGUUGUGCCAUGCUCAGGAAGGAAUCGGCUGAGAACAAGAAAAUUUUUGGGAGGAUUUGGGUACACGAAGUACUGAGGAUUUUUUAUGACCGAUUGAUUGAAAAUAAAGACAAGGACUGGGUCUACACUAAGUUGAGGAGUUGUGUGAAGGAAUAUUUCAGAGAUAAUUUUGAGCAAGCUCUUGACAACUUAUCGAGAAAUAAAGAUGGUUUGGUUGGUAGAGACGCUCUGAAAGACUUGAUGUUUGGCACAUACUUUGAUCAAGAUUCAGAAGAAGAUAAACGGUACGAAGAGGUUGCCACCAAACAAAUGUUGCGGGAAUUAGCUGAAAACUGUUUGCAAGAGUAUAAUGCUACGCAUAAGAAUAAAAUGGAUAUCAUUCUCUUCGACUACGCUCUAGAACACUUGUCAAAAAUAUGUAGAGUGUUAUCUAUGAACUGUGGUAGCGCUCUAUUGGUUGGUAUCAGCGGAUCCGGAAGGCAAUCUUUGACUCGUCUUGCAGCUGAAAUAUACGGUCAAACGUUAUUCCAACCGGAGAUAACCAAUAACUAUUCCGUCAACGAUUGGAGAGACGAUAUCAAGAAGAUCCUCAAAGAAGCUGGUGGUAGGGGUAAACAUGCAGUGUUUCUUAUAUCAGAAGGGCAAAUAAAAGAAGAAACCUUCCUGCAAGACGUUGAUUGUCUUCUGAAUUCCGGGGAGGUUCCUAAUAUUUACCAGAUUGAUGAAAAACAGGAAAUUCUUGAUAUGGUUCGUUUAGCAGCUCAAGGUGGGAAUAGGAACCUUGAAAUAGACGCAUUAGAAGUGUUCUUCUUUUUUACAAAGAGAUGCAAAGAAAAGUUGCACAUCAUGCUAUGCUUCAGCCCUGUUGGAUCAACAUUCAGGAAUAGGUUGCGGCUUUUUCCAGCCUUGAUUAACUGUUGCACCAUUGAUUGGUUCGAAGAUUGGCCUGAAGAAGCACUGGAAGAAGUCGCUCAUUGCUGGAUGGAAGAUAUAAAUCUCUCUGUCGAUGUGAAAAAUACCUCUGUGAUAGCAUGUAAAUAUUUUCACGUUGAAGCAAGGCAGUCGUCUGAAGAGUUUUUCAAUGCGUUCAGUAGAAAAACUUAUAUAACUUCGGCUUCCUACUUAGAACUUAUCCGAUCCUUCACUGACCUCACAAAUAAGAAACAGAACGAAAUUAUGCUCGCUAAGAAGAGGUACAUGGGUGGCUUAGAAAAGUUGUAUCAUGCUUCUGUUAGUAUAGGGGAGAUGCAAACGUCAUUGGCCGAACUGCAACCACAAUUGAAAAUUAUGAGUGAAAAAGCAACACAGAUGACAAAGCAGAUAGAACAAGAGAGCAUAACAGUUGAAAAGGCUUCGGCAUUGGUGAAGGAAGAUGAGAAAGUAGCUAAUAAACAAGCUGCGGCCUCGCAAGCUCUCAAACUGGAAUGCGAAGCUGAUCUAGCUGAAGCACUGCCUAUCCUUGAAGAGGCUAUCGGUGCACUCGAUACUUUAAAACCUGCAGAUAUAACUCUGGUAAAAUCAAUGAAGAAUCCUCCUGACGCUAUAAAAUUAGUGAUGGCAGCUGUGUGCAUCAUUAAAGGAUUGAAACCAGAUAGAGUACCUGAUCCAUCUACUGGUAGAAUGCUCUUGGAUUAUUGGGGCCCAAGUAAAAAGUUAUUGGGUGAGAUGAAUUUUUUGCAAGCUCUCAAAGACUUUGACAAAGACAACAUUAAGCCUGAAUAUAUGGCCAAACUGAGGAAGGAAUACAUUCCCCACAAGGACUUCAAACCAGUAAUUGUGGCAAAGGCUUCUAGUGCAGCUGAAGGUCUGUGCAAAUGGAUCAUAGCAAUGGAUAUGUAUGAUAAGGUUAACAAAAUAGUUGCCCCAAAGAAAGCCAAACUUGCUGCUGCCGAACUAGAGUUCGCGAACACUAUGGCUAUGCUUCUAGCAAAAAGAAACGAGGUAGAGAAACUAGAAGCUCAGUUGGCUGAUCUCAAUGAGAAAUUAGCAGAGGCGGAGAAAAAACAGAAAGAACUGCAAGAUGAAGUCGAUUUGUGCAACAAUAAAUUGAUACGAGCCAAAAAGUUGAUUGGUGGAUUGGGAGGUGAAAAAACAAGGUGGACUGCUGCCGCAGAUGCUCUUCAAAUCCAGUACGAUGGCUUGGCAGGAGACAUUCUCAUCUCCUGCGGAAUAAUCUCGUACCUGUCCCCUUUCAAUAACGCCUACAGAACAAAAAUAGUGUCCGAUUGGCACAAGUAUGUCAAGAAACUGAAAAUACCUACAGCCGAUCAUUAUGAAAUGGUACUCGUCUUGGGAUCGGACGUUCUGAUCCAAAACUGGUAUAUCAGCGGAUUACCGAGAGAUUCCUUCUCGACGGAGAAUGGCAUCAUCAUGGAUAAUUCCAGGAGAUGUUCGCUUUUCAUAGAUCCUCAAGCUCAGGCCAGCAACUGGAUCAAGAAAUUUGAGAAGAAAAAUAAUCUGGAAGUGUUGAAAUUCUCGUUUCCCGAUUAUAUGAAGAAGAUUGAAACCUGCGUACAAUUCGGUUAUCCUGUACUGAUAGAGAGUGUGGGAGAAGAAUUGCAAGCUCCCUUGGAUCCGCUCCUGUACAAAAAAACUUUCAAACAAGCUGGAAUGGAAGUUAUCAGUAUAGGAGAGAAUGUUAUAGAGUAUAAUAAACACUUCAAGCUUUAUAUGACUUCGAAGCUACGGAAUCCACAUUAUCUGCCUGAGGUUUUCAACAGAGUUACGAUCAUCAACUUUGCUCUAACCCUAGAAGGUCUUCAAGAUCAACUUUUAGGUAUUGUGGUAGCUGUCGAAAAACCAGAUCUCCAACAACUCAAAGAAGAGCUGAUCGUACAGAAAGCAGAAAACAAAAAAGCUCUUCAAGAAACUGAAGAGAACAUUCUAAGAACACUUUCGGAGUCAAAAGGAGAUAUUCUUGAAGACGAAAAGGCUAUCCAGAUAUUAGACGAGUCAAAACUUCUGUCGAUAGAAAUUAUGGAAAAGCAAGAGAAAUCGUUGACGAUAGAAAAAUCUAUAGAAGAAUUCAGAGGAAAAUAUCAAGGAGUAUCAGGACAUUCCGCUGUUUUAUACUAUUGCAUUUCUGAUUUAGCAAAUGUUGAUCCAAUGUACCAAUACUCCUUAGAAUGGUUCAUCAAUCUGUAUAUCGGUUCUAUCCAAAGGGCUGAGAAAUUUAAGAAUAUAGAAAAGAGAUGUCAAUGCCUGAUCAAUGCAUUCACGUUCGAUUUAUACAGUAACAUUACGAGAUCACUUUUCGAGAAGGAUAAGUUACUAUUCUCAUUCUUGUUGUGUUCAAAGAUGAUGAUAUCCCAAGGGAAACUAGAUGAGAGCGAAUUCGUAUUUCUGUUGACAGGUGGUGUUGAUGUGGAAAAUCCAUUCAAGAACCCUUGCACACCAUGGUUGCCAGAUAGUUCAUGGAGUGAAAUUUGUAGAGUGGAAGGAUUGACUGCAUUCGAGAAUUUCAUGCAUGAUUUCAAAUCCAAAGAAUCGCACUGGAAAGCAAUUUACGAUAACUUUCAGGAUGACUUUAGCAUGCCCAGUCCCUGGAAAGACAGUCUACUCUCCUUCAGAAGAUUGAUUGUUAUUAGAAUACUCAGACCUGACAAACUGAUAACAGCCAUUACCAAUUUUGUUAGGAACGAAAUGGAUGAGAGGUUCAUCAAACCACCGCCUUUCAAUAUUUCUGUAUCCUACGACGAGUCAUACAGUUUAUGUCCACUGAUAUUUAUCUUAUCACCUGGAAUCGACCCUAUGGCCGCAUUGGUGAAAUUUGCUGAUGAAAAGAAAAUGAGCGAUAGGUUCCGGUCGAUUUCAUUAGGCCAAGGUCAAGGGCCGAUGGCUCAGGCCCUUAUCGAAGAUGGUCAAGAAACUGGACUUUGGGUAUGUUUGCAAAACUGUCACUUAGCUACGUCUUGGAUGCCGAGCUUGGAAAAAAUCUUCGACAACUUGGACUUUGCUUCCACUCAUGACCAGUUUCGUUUAUGGUUGACUAGUUAUCCUUCACCAAAGUUUCCUGUGACUCUUCUCCAAAAAGGAGUCAAAAUGACUAAUGAGCCUCCUACAGGUCUACAGAAUAAUCUUCUCAAGUCCUAUUUGAAUGACCCUGUGAAGAAUCCUGAGUUUUUCGAAGGCUGUGUCGGGCACGAAGAAAUGUUCUCUAGAUUAUUGUAUGGUUUGGCUUUUUUCCAUGCCUGCAUCCAAGAGAGACGGACAUUUGGUCCACUAGGAUGGAAUAUUCCUUAUGGUUUCAACGACUCUGAUUUCGACAUAUCCGUCCAACAAGUACAGAUGUUCAUAAACGAAAGCGAAGAUCCUUAUGAAGCAUUAUCCUAUCUCAUCGGCGAAUGCAACUAUGGAGGACGUGUCACAGACGACUGGGAUCGCAGGCUGAUAGUGACGGUUCUAGCCGACUAUUUGAACCCGCAAGUAGUCGCCAACAAGUCCUACUCUUUCAGCGACGCCGGAACAUGCUAUGGUCUACCAGAGAAAAUAGAAUACAAUGCUUAUAUAGCCCAUAUAAACUCCUUGCCUGGGGUGCAUCCUCCCGAAGUUUUCGGACUGCAUACUAAUGCUGGUAUCACAAGAGACCUCCAAAACUCGAAUAUGUUGCUGAACUCGGUGCUCAAAGCGUAUGGCGAAACUUCUUCUGGUGGAGUUGGAGAAACCGACAAAUUCAUCAUGAUUAUGUGUACUGAUAUGUUAUCAAAACUGCCAAAGCCGUUCGAUUUGGAAAUAGCCCAUGCUAAGUUCCCAGUAGAAUACACAGAAUCAAUGAAUACUGUAUUGGUUCAGGAGAUGGAGAGAUUCAAUAAAUUAUUGAGAGUGAUCAGAGCUACCAUAGUCAAUAUGCAGAAGGCAAUAGAAGGUCUCGUUGCCAUGUCUCCAGCAAUUGAAGCUUUUUCGAGUUCCUUGCUCCUUGGGAGGAUUCCAUCUAGCUGGGCUGGAGUGUCCUAUCCCAGUUUGAAAAACUUGUCGAACUACGUUAGCGACUUCAUUAGCAGAAUCGAGUUUUUGCAGACCUGGUUCCGCCAAGGUAAACCAAUGACCUACUGGGUGUCCGGAUUUUUCUUCACGCAGGCGUUUUUAACCGGCGUCAAACAGAAUUUCGCCAGAAAAUACACCAUACCCAUCGACAAACUGACGUUCGAUUAUGAAAUUUUAAAAACAGACACCGAAAAUCACAGUCCUGCAGAUGGCGCUUACAUUUACGGUCUGUUCACUGAUGGAGCUAGAUGGGAAAGAAAGACGAACAGACUAGCCGAACUUCUUCCUAAAGUACUGCACGAUACUAUGCCAAUUAUCUGGAUCAAGCCUAUCAAAACUCAAGAUUAUAAUCCAGGUGGUCGGUAUACUAGCCCGGUAUAUAAAACAUCUGACAGAAGAGGUGUGCUUUCCACUACUGGUCAUUCGACAAAUUACGUUCUUCCAGUAUUACUGGACACUGAUGCUCAUCCAUCACACUGGAUAAAGAGAAGUGUUGCUCUUUUAUGCCAGUUGAACUGACUCAAUAGGAUAUGUAAUUAAAUACGUCAUGACAAUAAUAAAUUAUCA